CUUUUGUAGGGAGCGACUUUUUUUUAAUAAAAUCAACACAGAGUUUGUUUGAACAAAUAUGUUGAUUGCUAAAAUUUUUCGGAAUUAGUAAAAUGGGUAAUUUGAAAAAUGGUACUCAUGUGAAAAGGAUUCCACGAAAACUUUUUAAUAGCGAACACGAUGUAUAUAUUACAUCUAACUCAAGUUUUGAGGCACAAGUUAAGCACUGCACGAAUAUUUUCAAUUUAGGAGGAAAAGAAAUAUUUAUACAUUGCCUAGGAAGUUCAAUUAGCCGUUGCUUAAACUUAGUCUUACAUCUAGUGAAGAAAUCGGACCUGAGCUUAUCAUACUCAAUUCAUACUUCAACUAUUCAUUUGAUUGAUGAAUCUCAUCCUUUACAUGAAGAGGGAGACGUUGCCUUAAAGAAACGAAGCAAUUCUGCUGUACAUGUUAGGCUCACGCGACAUAUGUCUUAAUAAAGUUCAAUUUGCUUGG